AUGGCUCCCUCUGGUGACAAGGGCUUCAACUGGUCGAACAUUGCUGUCGGCGCGACCAUGAACCUGUUCGAGGUGACCACCCUCGGCCAGCCCCUCGAGGUCGUCAAGACCCAGAUGGCUGCCAACCGUACCCAGAGCAUGGGCGACGCUAUGCGCACCAUCUGGUCGCGCGGUGGCAUCAAGGGCUUCUACCAGGGCCUGAUUCCUUGGGCGUGGAUUGAGGCGUCGACCAAGGGCGCCGUGCUCAUCUUCACCUCGUCCGAGAUUGAGAAGUACGCUACCGGCUCGCUCCACAUGUCCAAGGCUGCCGCGGGCAUGCUUGGCGGUAUCGGUGGUGGUGUCGCCCAGGCUUACGCUACCAUGGGCUUCUGCACCUGCAUGAAGACCGUUGAGAUCACCCGCCACAAGCAGGUCGUGUCUGGCGGCAAGCCCGAGUCGACCUUCAAGGUCUUCGCCGACAUUUACAGCAAGGAGGGCAUCAAGGGUAUCAACAAGGGUGUCAACGCCGUCGCCGUUCGCCAGGCUACCAACUGGGGAUCGCGUUUUGGUUUCGCCCGUCUCGCCGAGAACGGUAUCCGCAAGCUCCGUGGCAUCUCCGAGGACAAGCCCCUCUCGGCCCCCGAGAAGAUUGCCGCUUCCACCGUCGGCGGUGCCCUCGCUACCUGGAACCAGCCUAUCGAGGUCGUCCGCGUUGAGAUGCAGUCGGCUAUCAAGAACAAGGACCCCAACCGCCCCGCCAAGCCCACCAUCGUCAACACCCUCCAGUACAUCUACAACCAGAACGGCAUCAAGGGCCUGUACCGCGGCGUCGCUCCCCGCAUCGGCCUUGGCAUCUGGCAGACCAUCUGCAUGGUAUCGUUUGCCGACUACGUAAAGAGCUGGAUUGCUGGCCAGCCCAUCGGAAAGUAA